ACUUACAUUUUAUUUGCAGAAACUAUCAAUUUUCUUGGAAUUAGUAUAGUUGGUACUGGUAGUGCAAGCGGUGAUCAUGGCAUAUAUGUUGGCUCAAUUAUGAAAAACGGGGCUGUCGCGUCAGAUGGUAGAAUUGAACCAGGCGAUUUAAUUCUUCAAGUUAAUGAUGUCAGCUUUGACCAAAUGAAUAACGAACAAGCUGUACAAGCCCUUCGUGAUGUUGUUAAAAGAGAAAAGUAA